GUACCCAUCGUGGUUGGGCCGCGGUGCAGAUGCGACUCCUCCACGAGCUGGUGUACGCCUCGCGCCGCAUGGGCAACCCCGGCCUCUCCGUCCGACACCUCUCCUUCCUGCUGCAGACCAUGCUGGACUUCCUGUCAGAUCAAGAAAAGAAAGAGGUGACUCAGAGUCUGGAGAACUACACGUCCAAGUGCCCGGGCGGGAUGGAGGUCAUCACCCUGCCGGACGGCCUCAAGCUGCCCGCUGUGCCCUUCACCAAACUGCCCAUCGUCAGGUCUGUGAAGCUGCUCAACCUGCCGGUGAGCCUGCGGCCCCACAAAGUCAAGGGUCUACUGGGACAGAACCUGUCCAGCAAGAGCCCCUUCAUCUACUCCCCUAUCUCCAUGCACAACCGCGGAGACGAGAAGACCAAGAAAAUCGGUAAGGGGUUCACAAGUGCCCAUGAUCUCCUUUUUAUGUGGCGUAGUGUCUUUGUGCACUGA